AUGUCAUCGGAUAAUGAACAAAUAAGUAGUAUGCGUGGUGGUAUUAAACGACAGCAUUCAGUCGAAGAUUUUGAAUCCAUUAAAGAAGCCAAAACUGAUAAAACAUUAGAAGAAAAUCUUGAUACAAAACAAAAAGAACUAACAAAUAAUCAUCAUGAAAUAAAAAAUGAUGAUGAAUUUCUUGAAAAAGGAGAUAUUGUAUUUAUGUACAAACCAAAAUUGAAUGUCGAUGAAGCCUUAUCUUUUGAUGAUGUUCAAUUAUUUCAUGUUUUAUUAAUACCAGAAGAAGAUGAAACAAAUCUAAAAGAUUCAUCAUCUAAAAUACGUUUAAUUAAAAUUGGAAAGAAGAAAUUACCAACUAUUGGAAAAGAACGUUAUUGGGCUUUUGUUGAAAAAGCUGAUAAUGAUAUAGAAAAACUUGAAGAAAAACUUGAAGUUCAAACUUAUGAAACAGCGACAGUUGGCACACGUACAAUUAAAGCUGAUCGUAUUGCUGGUAAAGGUAAAUAUGUUAUGGCUAAACAUGAUCAACGUCGUACAGUUAUUGGUUAUGUACUUGAAUCACCAUCAGAUAUUGGUGCUGUUCAAAGUGUAUUUAAUAUUACAAAAGAAGCUUCUUUUUCUGUUGCUGUUAAAAAUCCUAAAAAGAGAAGUCCACCUGCUGCUGGUCUUAGUCAUUCUCAAAAAGCUGAAUAUUCAGAAGAAAUUCAAAAAAAAUUUGGUUCAUAUCAAUGGUUACCAGCUGAACCAGCAAUGCUUGAUGUUCCUGGUUGCGAAAUGGUAUGGAUUGGAUCUUCAACUGAUGAUCUUGAAGAAUUAUUAGGUGAACUUGGUCGAGAAAUAGAAGAAGAAGCUGAUUCUAAUCUUACAGCAACUGAAGUUAUGAAAGAUAUUCAAUUAGAUGAAGCACAACAUCCAAUACAGCCACUCGUUGAUGGGAAAUGGCCAAAGCAAGAAGAUGCACCUGAAAAAAAAGAUCAUGAAGAAGAAUAUAAAACAGAAAAUGAGAAUAAAAAUAUAGAAGAUAAAAAAACAGAAGAAUGA